ACUCCCAACCAAUAUAAACAGUAAAGAUUCGCAGAGAGGAGGAGGACGACGAUGAGCGUGAACAUAACCGCCAUUAAAACCGCCUCCAACGGCGUCUGGCAAGGCGACAAUCCACUCAAUUUCGCCUUCCCUCUCUUGAUCCUUCAAUCCGUUUUGAUUCUCCUCCUCACCCGCCUCCUCGCCGCCGUCCUCAAGCCCCUCCGCCAGCCCAAAGUCAUCGCCGAAAUCCUCGGCGGGAUUCUUCUGGGUCCCUCUGUUUUUGGUCGGAAUCAAGCUUAUUUGAACUGGGUUUUUCCGGAUUGGAGUACUCCGAUUCUUGAAUCGGUUGCUAGUAUUGGGUUGUUGUUCUUUUUGUUUUUGGUUGGAUUGGAACUCGAUUUGUCCUCUGUUCGCCGUAGUGGGCGGCGGGCUUUUGGAAUCGCUGUCGCUGGAAUCUCCGUUCCUUUCCUCUCCGGCACCGGCGUUGCCUUUGUACUUCGGAAAACCGUCGCCGGUGCCAAUAACGUCGGGUACUGGCAAUUUGUUGUGUUCAUCGGCGUUGCUCUGUCCAUUACUGCUUUCCCUGUUCUGACGCGCAUUUUAGCGGAGCUUAAGCUUCUCACCACCGAAGUCGGCGAGAUUGCCAUGGCGGCCGCCGCAUUUAACGACAUGGCUGCUUGGAUUCUUCUCGCACUCGCCAUUGCUCUAACGGGCAACGAUAACUCUGUUACAGUACAGAGAAGUUCGUUAGUUUCCGUGUGGGUCCUACUCUCUGGAGCUGGAUUUGUCGUUUUCAUGAUGACGGUGGUCCGACCAGGAAUGAAGUGGGUUGCACGGCGGUGUUCGUACGAGGAUGACGCGGUGGAGGAAGGGUAUGUCUGUUUGACGUUGAUCGGAGUGUUGGUUUGUGGGUUUGUGACGGAUUUGAUCGGAAUUCAUUCGAUUUUUGGGGGUUUUGUGUUUGGAUUGACGGUGGCGAAGGAGGGGAGAUUCGCGGAGAGAUUAAUUGAGAGGAUUGAGGAUUUCGUGUCGGGGCUUCUUCUUCCUCUGUAUUUUGCGUCGAGUGGGUUGAAGACGAAUGUGACGAAGAUCAACGGCGGAAAAUCAUGGGGGCUGCUGGCGCUGGUUAUUUCCACGGCGUGUGCAGGGAAGAUUCUGGCGACGUUUGCGGCGGCGAUGGCGUUUUUAAUGCCGGCGAGGGAGGCGAUGGCUUUGGGAUUGCUUAUGAACACUAAAGGCUUGGUGGAACUCAUCGUGCUCAAUAUUGGGAAGGAGAAAAAGGUUCUGAACGAUGAAGUAUUCGCGAUAUUAGUGUUAAUGGCACUAUUCACAACAUUCAUCACCACCCCCACCGUGAUGGCAGUCUACAAGCCAGCCCGCGCUGCCGCCGCCGCCACCCGAACCCACCGCAAACUCCGCCACCUCUCGGCCGCCGGGAACUCCACCAACGACAAGUCACUAACAAUCCUAGCCUGCCUCCACAGCUUAGGCAACGUACCUGCCCUAAUCAGCCUGACCGAGUCAACUCGCAGCACCAAAACCUCGUCCCUCAAACUCUUCGUCAUGCACCUCGUCGAACUCACCGAGCGUUCCUCCUCAAUCCUAAUGGCCCAACGCGCCCGCAAGAACGGCUUCCCAUUCUUUGCCAGGUUCCGCAAGGCCAGCGAGUGGCACGACCAGAUGGCCGCCGCCUUCCAGGCCUACAGCCAGCUGGGCCGGGUCAAGGUCCGGCCCACCACAGCGGUCUCUUCCUUGACCACAAUGCACGAGGACAUCUGCGGCGUGGCGGACGAUAAGAGAGUGGCGAUGAUCAUCUUGCCGUUUCAUCGGAAUUGGAGGACGGCCAGUGGCGUGGAGGAGAAUAUGGGCCAUGGGUGGAGAGUUGUGAACCAGCGGGUGCUGAAGAGUGCGCCUUGCUCGGUGGCGGUUCUUGUGGACCGGGGGUUAGGAGCGGUGGUUGGUGCGGCACAGAGGAUUUGUGUGAUGUUUUUCGGUGGUCCUGAUGACCGGGAGGCGCUGGAAUUGGGUGGACGGAUGGCGGAGCAUCCGGCGGUGAAGGUCACGGUGGUGAGGUUUCGGGCGUCGCCGCCGUCGGAUGGAGUGGAGGGUAGUAAGGUCAUUUCGCGACAUAUGUAUUCUAAAUCCAGCGACAGUCAUUAUAGCUUCUCCACUGCUCCAAUAAACUGGGAAAAAGAAAAGGAGCUAGAUGAAGCAGCAAUAGCAGAAUUCAGAGCCAAAUGGGAUGCAACAGCUGAGUACACAGAAAAGGAAGCCACCGACACGAACACGAUAGUUGAAGGGGUGGUCGGGAUCGGAAAGGAAGGCGGUUUCGACCUAAUCGUGGUCGGGAAGGGUCGGGUUCCGUCGAGCAUGGUGGCAAAACUAGCAGACCGGGCGGCAGAGCAGUCGGAGUUGGGGCCGAUCGGGGACAUAUUGAGCAGCUCCGGCAGGGGAAUAGUAUCUUCAAUUCUAGUAAUUCAACAACACCAAGAAGAAGAAACUCCAGCAUUGAAUAAGCAGUCUUUCUCAGUCAUGGGAGCUUCCAUUAAUGUAUAAAAAUCAUAAUUGUUACACUAAAUUUUCAUAUAUAUAUAUAUAUAUAUAUCUCGACGUUUAU